GCUCCUAUUGGGUGCACACGCGGAAGUGAGGGGAACACUUGCUAACAACAACACUGACUUCCACUGAUGUACUUUUGCCUCUCGGAGAGGUUUUAACUCACUCAUGGCUUUACCGCCUCAGCUCAGAGCCAUCCAGCACCACCUGCGGACCGCACAGGAACAUGAGAAACGGGACCCGGUCGUGGCUUACUACUGUCGGCUCUACUCUAUGCAGACGGGCAUGAAGCUGGACAGUAAAACACCAGAGUGCCGAAAGUUCCUCAUCAAACUCAUGGACCAGCUGGAGUCGAUGAAGAAGGAGCUGAGUGACAAUGACUCCAUCAGCCAGGAGGUGGUUGGUAACGCCCACAUUGAAAACUACGCCUUAAAAAUGUUUCUGUACGCCGACAAUGAAGACAGAGCCGGUCGAUUCCACAAGAACAUGAUCAAGUCCUUUUACACGUCCAGCCUGCUGCUGGAUGUCUUGUCUGUGUUUGGGGAGUUGUCAGAGGAGAACAUCCAGCAUCGGAAGUAUGCCCGCUGGAAGGCCACCUACAUCCACAACUGUCUGAAGAACGGAGAGACUCCUCAGGCUGGGCCCAUCGCUAUGGGCGAGGACGAGGAAGCAGAUGAGUUUGGAGCCGAAGGUUUCUCAGGCGCUGGCACCUCCCACGGUGCUUCCUUCAGGGGAGAUCCUCCUUCACAGUCCUUUCAGGGCCAGGAUGAGGGUUUGGGUCCAGGUCCUGCCCCGGGGAUUGGCUUUACUCCCAGUCCGGGACCAGGCCCAUCAGGUCCCCCAGCCACAAACUACAACAACAUCCACAUCCCACCAGGGGCCCAUGCACCGGCCAACACUCCAGCUGAGCUGCCACCACCUACAGCAGAAGCUGCUAAACCAGUGCCUAUGCCCCGAUCAGUGCCCACUGUUGACCCCACACUGCUCAACGCCCAGCAGCAGGGCGGCGUUCAUCUAUCUCCAGAAGACUUCACCAAGGCCCAGAAGUACUGCAAGUACGCCGGCAGCGCCCUGCAGUACGAAGACGUCGGCACGGCGAUCCAGAACCUCCAGAAAGCCCUGAAACUCCUCACCACCGGCAAAGAAUGAAGCCUUUGUCCUCCUCCCAUCUGAUCCCUCCAUCCCUCCUUUUCUUCCCCCUCUCUUUUCUCUCCAGCAGCGCCGCUCUAUCUGUCACUGAUCUGGUACACAGCGAGCUGAGGACGCGACACACACUCACACACUAACACACACACGCACACACACACGCGCACACACACACACACACACACACACACUAAGGCCGUCCUGUGAAGAGAGCCGUUCAGCUCGCCGUCAGACGAGGACAUGAUGGAAAUCAGUGCGCAACAAUGGCCGCCUGUGUCCCACACUGUCGCACUGAUUGACGGGAUAACUGACCGACUGACUGCAGAACAUGUCGACGUUGAUGGAUUUUAAUUACCGCAGAUCAAAGCUUCAUCGUUGACCACAAUUGGCUCAUUACAAGUUCACCAAUCUCUUGCACGGCAGACAGAAAGUUAACUCAGGGUCCACUUACUGGGUUUUUACUGAGCUGCUAUGAUCAGCGCUUCCAGAUAAUUACAGGUUCUUCGUGUAUCACAUUGUUCAAGGAGCUUUACACACUUUAUACAAGAAAUAAAACAAGAGAGAUCAAAAAACAGGAAGUGGUGAGAUCAAAGCACUGAAGACAUGAGUGAGUGGAGCUUUAGUUGGAGUUUUCCCAAAUGAGACUGAACAAACUGACUUUCAGCCUCUUCUGUUAACAUUGACUUGUUAAGGGAUUAGCAUCAGUUUAGGGAAUCAGGAGAAAUCAAUAGGAGCUAAUGAUUUUCACUGACCGAAAAGUACCCGCCUACUUUGAAUAACAAAAAAUCCCAACCUUGUUGUUUGCUUUUUGUUCAGAUUGAAUGAUUAUCUGUGUGGGUGAUGAUUGGAUCCAAUAUUCCGUUUGUCAGUUUUAUCUUUUUAACUGAUUCCUGAUAAGAAUUAAUACAUUUAGGAAUGCAAUCUUUUGGCUGUCAUUCAGACUCCUCUUUCUAUCUGUAGACACUCUGUGGUCUCAAUCAGCCACAUUCUUAUCUGAUUAUCCACCUGUCAUGAGCAAUAGUCUCCCCACACUAAAGGAUAAAAGCGGAAAAGUUUUCUUUUAUGAAGUGUAAGUAAAAAAAUUAAGUUGGAAAAAAAAAGUCAAAGUUUUGAUUUGGAAUUUUUGAAAAUAUGACAGCAAGAUUUUCAUUUUUGCUGCAAAUUUAUAUCAGUUAUCUGUAUCAGCCCCCCCAAAAAAACAUUGACUGCUAGUUUUUUUCUUUGUGUAUGGAAUAAAUGUGCAAACAAUUCAGUUUUUGAGGUUUUGGAUGCUGCAGUCUUUGCUGAUUUUAGCAACUCAUCUUCUGACUGCAGAUUCGGACAAAUAUAUUGAUUUGUGCUAAUCGAACUACAAGAGAAGUAUUUACCAAAAUACUGACAGCCUGACAUGAUACGUAUUAAAGACACUAAGGAGAGGGAUGACAGAUUCACUGAGAGGACUGGCUUGUUUACAGCACUGAAUACCGUAACUCUGACUUGUAGAUCCAUGAAGUAACUUUCCAAAAAGACAUUCAUAUGGUUCCUUCAGAUUUUCUUCGUCUUCAUAAUCGUAGAGGAAAAACUUGCUCUGGAAACCCUGUUUUUUGUCUCUUCUAACGUGUAUCUGUACAAUUCAGAAUGUACUCGGCCAUCGAUAUUUUGUCUUGUACGAUCAGUAUGUUUUCGUCACCGCUCGUCUUGAUUUUAACCGCCUGCGUACACUUCUUACAAGAUAAAACUGCGUCUCUUUGGUGUCACAUCCAUUCAGUCCUAACGCUCAGACAAUAAAGAACAAAGUAUGGAGGAGAAACGUCUACAAUCCGGUAGAUCAGUAAUCAGCAGGUUGGAGCGUCACAUAGUUCUUCAAAUUUUUGUGUCUUGGGGAAGUGGAGAAUUUUUUUUUCUUCUAUUUUUCUUUGAAUGUAGACUUUUCACUGUCUCUGUAAUGUUAGUGAGGAGGAGGAUGGUGGCUGUAGUUUCAGCUUUAGUUAUCUUCUGGUUAUUUAAUCAUUCUCAGAACUUGUGUAAGUAAGACUUUAAAGGUUUUCACAAAGUUGCACGAAGCUUCAGUAUCAGAGCGAUUCCAGGCAACUUGAAUAAAAGGUUUGAAAUGA